CGCCAUUUUGCAUUAACCGUUAGGAUUUUUUAAGCGUGGUUUUAUUUUGUUUUAGUUAAGUGUCAUAUUGUUUUAAAAUAAUGGAUUGGUCGCUCAUCAUAACAAUUCUGAUAAACACUCUUUAUGUUUCUGCGCUCGACGACGACUGUCCAACGUUGGCAGACGGCGACAGUUUGUCGCAAACCCAAUUACUGGAUAGAUUGACCCACGGAUGUCGAUAUGAUAGACUGGAACGACCCAUAACCUAUUCGGAAACUGGACAAAGAUUGCCCGUGGACGUCUAUAUGCGUGCAUAUAUAUAUUUUAUGCAGAAUCUGGAGGCCCACGAUCUGCAGUUCAAGAUAUACGCCCUGCUCCAAAUGCGUUAUCUUGAUCCGCGUCUAAAUUUCCGGAACGUAAGUCCCAAACGGAGACAGCCCAUUCUGGGUGAGCAGCACAUGAGGGACUCCCUAUGGAUGCCCCACAUUUUUCUGGCCAACGAGCGGGAUUCCAGUAUAUUGGGUCUCACGGAGAAGGAUAUCCUUACCUCGAUUUCCCCCGACGGCACAGUGAUCGUCUCGAACAGGAUAAAGGCAACGCUCUAUUGUUGGCUCAAUUUGAAGAAAUUUCCCUUCGACGAACAGCAUUGCUCGACGAUCCUGGAGAGUUGGAUGUACAACACCUCGGAGCUGGUGCUGCACUGGGAACAGAAGCGUCCAAUCACGUACGACGGUGCACUGCAUCUUACCGAGUUCGUGCUGCAGCGAUCCUGGUCCAACGAGACGGUCAUCAAUGCCGAUUUGAGUGACUUACGCCAUGGAGCCUUUGCCGGGAACUACAGCUCCCUCAGCUUCACCGUGCAUUUGACUCGCGUGGUGGGCUUCUAUCUGAUGGACUACUUCCUGCCCUCCAUGCUGAUAGUGGCCAUAUCGUGGGUAUCCUUUUGGCUGCAGGCGGACCAGGCACCGCCAAGGAUUACCCUCGGUACCAGUACCCUGCUGACCUUUAUAACCCUUGCCUCGGCACAGGGCAAAACCCUGCCGAAGGUUAGCUACAUUAAGGUAUCGGAGGUAUGGUUCCUCGGCUGCACCAUCUUCAUAUUCGGCAGCAUGGUGGAGUUUGCCUUCGUCAACACCAUUUGGCGUCGCAAGAACAGUGUGCCCGUCAAGAAACUGAAUAGCAAACACAUCCUUAAGUCCACCCUAUCGCCCAAUCUGCUGAGGCGACGUAGUCAUGCCAGAUCGCGUUCGUUUUCCGGAACUGCUCUGCAAAAAUCCAUAGAUACCAGCUCGCUAUCUGGUGCUGGAUUCAAUAACUAUCUCACUGUCAAUCUGCCCAUUACCACGAUCAAGGAGGGUCAAGUUCUGGACCAGCGAACUAGAGGACCUAGGGGCAUUCAGAAACUGGAUGUCAACUUUGUGGAGAGUGCCUUUGGAGCCGGAUCGGGAUCGGGAUCGGGAUUGGGAUUGGGAUCGGGAUCGGGAUCCAUGGGAGCAGCACAAUCCAGUGGAGCCAUCAAUUCGGCAGGCAGUUCGCAGACCUUGAACAACAAUAUAGCGGAUGGCGCUACUCACCAAGAGGAAAUCGACCUGAGUGGCUGGACCACGCUGACGCCCCAGGAAAUCGCCAUGUGGAUCGACAGCCGCGCCAGAUUCGUUUUCCCACUCGCCUUUCUCGUCUUCAACUUGUUCUUCUGGACUUUUGUCUACUGUAUUUAAACAUAAAAGGUUCAUAUGUAUUUGUACUUCCAAAAUUAACUAUAUGAAUCGCCCUAUUUUGGAAUGUUAUAAAUGUAAUUACUUUCUUAA